CGUUGGGCGUGGCGCCCGCGGCGGGCGGGGCAUGGGGCGGUGGCCGCCCACCUCGGCCUGGCAGCGGCCUAGGCAAUGCCUCUGCUGGUGGACGGGCAGCGCGUCCGUCUGCCACGGUCGGCUGCGGAGCUGGUCCGAGCGCACCCGCUUCUGGAGGAAAGAGCCAGACUUCUCAGAGGUCAGUCUGUUCAACAAGUGGGACCCCAGGGCCUUCUGUAUGUUCAGCAAAGAGAGCUUGCAGUGACUUCCCCAAAGGAUGGCUCCAUCUCUAUCCUGGGUUCUGAUGAUGCUACCACUUGUCACAUUGUAGUCCUGAGACAUACAGGUAAUGGGGCAACCUGCCUGACACAUUGUGAUGGAUCUGACACCAAAGCUGAAGUCCCCUUGAUAAUGAGCUCCAUAAAAUCCUUCUCUGAACAUGCUGAGUGUGGAAGGCUGGAAGUCCAUCUUGUGGGAGGCUUCAGUGAUGACAGGCAGCUGUCACAGAAACUUACUCAUCAGCUUCUUAGUGAAUUUGACAAACAGGAUGAUGACAUUCACUUAGUGACAUUAUGUGUAACAGAAUUGAAUGAUCGGGAAGAAAAUGAGAAUCACUUUCCAAUCAUUUACGGCAUCGCCGUCAACAUUAAAACUGCAGAGAUUUAUAGAGCUUCUUUUCAAGAUCGUGGCCCAGAGGAGCAACUUCGUGCUGCAAGAGCUUUAGCAGGAGGCCCAAUGAUUAGCAUUUAUGAUGCAAAGACAGAACAACUUCGAAUAGGCCCGUGCUCCUGGACACCAUUCCCACACGUGGAUUUCUGGUUGCAGCAAGAUGACAAGCAAAUCCUAGAGGUGAGAGUUCACAGGUCGGCUACACGGCUACACCUCAAGUCUCUGCACCCUGGUUCCCAUCGCACCUUUCCACUUCUCCUCUGGCCGAGCCCCCCCACUUUGUUGAACAUAUUAGAUCUACCUUGAUGUUUUUAAAAAAAUUCCCAUCUCCAGAGAAUAUACUGUUUCCUGGAAAUAAAGCUCUCCUCUACAAAAAAAAUAAAGAUGGCUUAUGGGAAAAGAUCUCCUCUCCAGGGAGCUAACAUCAGAUCAGAGUUACUGAAGAAUUCAACUUUUUGGCCUGAUAAAGACGGUUGCUGGUUUGGAAUCUACACCUGCUCACUUUUAUUCUUCCUUCCCUUUUGUCUUUCAAAAUAAAAUCUUAUUUUGGCAAAGGUAA